CUCACUUGCUCCUGAUCAAAGCUUCAUGUUGAAAUCUUUAAUGGCGAAACCGGGAAGCCUCUUCUCUCUAUUGCUGGCCGCCCUCUGCCUCUGCAACCACUUCCUUGACUACUCCCUGGCCCUGCAGCUUAGUCAGCUCGGAGACGAGUUCUCCUGGCUCACUGACGAAGAUGAUGAAGUUGCCGUGGUCCAAACAAGGAGGGACUCCCAGAAGAGCUGUGACCUGUCCACUGGGAAAUGGGUCUUCGAUCAGUCGUAUCCUCUCUACGACUCCAACUGCCCAUACCUCAGCACGGCUGUCACAUGCCAGAGGAACGGACGGCCCGACUCCAACUAUGAGAAGUGGAGGUGGAUGCCCCAGAGUUGCUCUCUUCCAAGGUUUGAUGCUUUGAGGUUCCUUGGGAAGAUGAGGAACAGAAGAAUAAUGCUGGUGGGUGAUUCCAUAAUGAGGAACCAGUGGGAAUCUCUCGUCUGCUUAGUCCAAGGAGUCAUCCCGACAGGUCGGAAAACCGUGUCUUAUAACGGUCCUUCCAUGGCUUUUCAUGCACUGGAUUUUGGGACAUCAAUCGAGUUUUCUUGGGCUCCAUUGUUGGUGGAACUGAAGAAAGGGCUCGACAACAAGAGGAUACUGCACUUAGACAUGAUUGAGGGGAAUGCGAAGUACUGGAGGGGAGUUGAUGUUCUCGUGUUUGAUUCUGCUCACUGGUGGACUCAUUCUGAGAAAUGGAGCUCAUGGGACUACUACAUGGAGGGGAACUCUGUGAUUAGGAACAUGAACCCAAUGGUGGCUUAUGAAAAGGGGCUCGCGACAUGGGCCAAGUGGGUGGACUUAAACCUGGACCCUCGAAGAACCCGAGUCAUAUUUCGAAGCAUGUCUCCUAGGCACAACAGGGAGAAUGGAUGGAAAUGCUACAACCAGAAGAAGCCGCUGCUAUUUUUCAGCCAUCAGCACAUCCCAGAGCAGCUCAUGAUCCUGCAGGAAGUGCUGAGGAAAAUGAGGUUUCCGGUCCAUUUACAGGACAUCACAUCGCUCUCCGCUCUAAGAAGGGACGGGCAUCCCUCGGUCUACAAGAAGGCAAUGAACCAGGAAGAACGGCAGAACCCGACAGCGACUGGGCAUUCCUCAGACUGCAGCCACUGGUGCCUCCCAGGAGUUCCAGAUACCUGGAACGAGAUGUUAAGCGCCCUGCUUUGAGAAUAGAAUUGGACAGUGUGGUGCUUGAAAAUAGGAGUACGUAGAAUGAUGGGUUCUACGAGAUCAAUCUUAGUACCAAUGUGAUAAUCAGUAAAGGAGGUUUGAGAGGAGUUGUUCAUUGUAUGCUACUUAUGGAAUGGAAGCUCAUUAUGCACCAAGUUAUGCACCAUUGUCUUUUUCUCA